GGGGAGAAUGAUGAAAAUAAUACAAACACGAAGAGGAAAGAAAUAAUCGGAAAAAAAAACACCAGAAUGGAUAAUACUGUCGAAACAUAGACUGUCCGUUACCACAGAACAGGAGUUUUUAGAGAAGUACCAUUUAAGCUAAUUUUGUUUUAGAAAGAGAAAGGUAAAUCAGAAAAAAUCAGAACCAUUGUGGCGAAGAUUAACGUCUGUAUCGCUUCAUUGUUAUCAAGGCAUUUAAACACAUGGUUAAGCCCAACGAUUCAACGAGGGGGAGAGGAACAUGUCCAAGGGCUUUAUGAUGUUAGCAAUAUACCAAUGGACAAUGUCAAUUCACUAGAAAGGAAAUGGCAUUGCACAGUAGUGGUCAGCAGCCUACUGCCGGGGAAUAUUCCCAGGGGAGUCCAAGCCACAAACCACCUCGGGGACAGUCCAUUAAAUAUGGAGAGCUAGUGAUCCUAGGGUACAAUGGACACUUACCUAAUGGUGACAAAGGAAGGAGGAAGAGUAAAUUUAUUUUAGCUAAGAGAAUCGCUGGAAAUGGUGUCAAACCAUAUCGAAAACACAUUGUCAAAAACCCCCAGUCUUCCAAGGCCGUCCAGGACACUCACCAGCAUUCCGUGUCCUACACUCUGUCUCGUAACCAGGCCGUCAUUGUGGAGUAUAAACAGGAUCCUAACACAGAUAUGUACCAGAUUGGCCGAUCUUCAGAAUUACCUAUAGACUAUGUUGUGAUGGACACGAUUCCCGGAAAUCAGCGAACCGCUAAUGACAGCAUCACUCAAAGUACUAUAUCACGAUUUGCGUGUAGAAUCCUCAUGGAAAGAGACCCACCAUAUACAGCAAAAAUAUAUGCUGCUGGAUUUGACUCGGGGAGAAACAUUUUUCUAGGGGAAAAGGCAGUGAAAUGGUAUUCAGGAGAAGAAAUUGAUGGAUUGACCACAAAUGGUGUAUUCAUCAUGCAGCCCCAGGGGGGUUUCAACCCCUCAGGAAAACCGGGGGUAUGGCGGGAGGUGUCUGUUGGGGGUGCUAUAUAUCCACUCCGAGAGUCCAGAUCAGCACCUCUCAAAAGCAACCAGAUUCUGGAUGAGGACAAUAUUCUCCAAGAUGGAACUGUGAUAGAUCUUUGUGGUGCUACCUUACUAUGGAGAUCAGCUCUUGGCCUCAUCACUUCUCCGAGUGAACAUGAGUUUGAGUCCCUGGUUGAGGAGAUAAAUGCUGGUCGUCCUCAGUGUCCAGUUGGUCUAAUGACCCUGGUGUUACCCAGUAAAGGUACUCUGGAGCUGUCUGACAAACAGCCGUAUGUGUAUCUUCAAUGCGGACAUGUCCACGGCCAACACCAGUGGGGACAGAAGGAGAAUGAUAGCCGUACUUGUCCCCUGUGUAUUAAGGAUGGCCCUUUUGUGAAGUUGAAGAUGGGAUGUGAAUUAAGUGUGUAUGUUGACUCCGAGCCUCCUACCCACUGUUUUAACCCGUGUGGACACAUAGCGUCAGAAGCUACUGUAAGAUAUUGGUCCCUGGUUCCCGUUCCUCAUGGUUGUCAAGGUUUCCAGGCCGUUUGUCCGUUCUGUGCCACGCCCCUUCACGCCGACCCUGGCUUUGUGAAACUGAUAUUUCAGGACCACACAGACGACUGAUGCUGGUCUGACUGUGAUAAUGGACCAGUCUACUUGUACAUUCUAUUGCUGUACUUGUCUUUGCUAUGGAAGUCACUGAUGUUGCUGGUGUCAUUGAUGUCGCUGAAGUCACUGAUGUCACUGAAGUCACCGAUGUCACCGAUGUCACUGGUGUCACCGAUGUCAUUGAUGUCACUGAUGUCACACUGGAUGUCACUGAUGUCACACUGGUGUCACUGAUGUCACUGGUGUCAUUGAUGUCACUGAUGUCACACUGGUGUCACUGAUGUCACUGAUGUCACUGCUGGGCGGUAAUUCUCUUACAAAACAUAUAAUAUUAAACUGAAGCCAAGGAACAGACUGCAAUUUAAUAUAGGUAAAUGAUACUGUGGUGUGGGACACUCGCUUCAAGAUGAUUCCAACAUCAGCCAUCUUUGUGGUUGUUUGAUUUCUUGUGAUGCCACAAGUCUUGCCUGAAAAGAGAAUCAUUUUGUCAUUGAUGCUCAAUAUAUCACGUAGAUUUUAAAGUCCAAAUUCUCUUCCGCUCUAAUUCACAAGCAUUUCUAUAUAAAGCUACAAGCCAUAUCAUUUUCAUCCAGGGUAAUUCACAAAUUAUUCACAGCAAAAUUGCAUAUAUCAGUAUUUUAAUUAUAAUCAAAGAGUCUUGGAAUUUCAACACAAGACGAAACAUCAAUAGUUUCUGUGAAAAGUUGACAUACAAGAUUUACUUGGUGAUCUUCAAAUUUUUUUAAAUGGUUGAAUCUACAUUUUAUACCAAUUGUAUGACUGAAAUGUAGCUAGAUUACUUUCAAUAUAUACAUGUACUGGAAAUGAAAUGAUUGGAGUUUUGUUAUCUGAGGAUUGUACUUCCCUCAUUCCUUCUGUCUGUAAUUCAUUGUCAGAUCAUUGGGACAUUUCAGUACCAAGUCUGUGUACCCACAUAUAAUUCACAUCGCCAUGUAACUAGAGCUCAGAUCCCUAGGAAAUGUUCCUCUUCAUAGAACUGCACAAAUCACACUACCAUGAAAACUACAUUUAGCUCUGUUAGGACUGUUUUUAACCCCCGAACAUACACCAACUGUUCCUCUUUACUUCUGUGCCAUGUUGUGAUAUUUUUGAUGCUGCAAUGCUAAUCUAGUUUAACUUAAACUUCAUAAACCUAUGUAAACUGGUCUUGAUGUAAACAAAGCAAGCAUUGUUUGAUUAACAACCUCUUCAUUUACAUAUUCUUAAAAAUUAAAAAAACUCAAAAAGUUUUUCAUUCACAAAUGAAGCAUCUUCUAAAUGAAAGUGAGAAGUGGUUGAGGUCUACAUUACUAUUUGAAUAUUUUUCUUUGAUAAAGUACAUAUAUAAAAUGAAUUCUGUGUGACAACAUAGGAUACCAAUAAUGGUGCUAUUAGGUGACAUGUGAUUAACUCUAGAGGGAUUCAAAAGAAAUGUGUGUUAGUUAGGAUAAACUAUAGAGAGAUUCCAAAAGGAACAGUUGUUAGUUAGGAUAAACUCUAGAGAGAUUCCAAAAGGAACUUUUGAUAGUUAGAAUGAACUCUUGAGGUAUUUGAUAAAAACUGUAUUUCUGAUUAGUUGGAUGUUAAUUAAGGGGAUUGUUCCAGUUUUACAGAUAAGCUGAGGAACUUGGUUCCAGAUAGAGUAAAUUCUAGAGAUGUUCAAAAGGGACAUUUGUUUGGUAGGGUAAACUUAUGAGAUGUUCCGAAAUAAUUCUUACCUCAGGUUAUACUCAGGAGAUUGUUCGAGGUGUGUUUGUCAGGUGAGCUGAAAAAGGGUAAACUUGGAAGAUUUUCUAAAAGGAAUGUUUGUCAGAUCAAUGAAGAUAAAGGUUGGAGAUGUUCCUAAAGAAAUGUUUGUCAGAUCAAUGAGGGUAAAGGUUGGAGAUGUUCCUAAAGAAACGUUUGUCAGAUCAGUGAGGGUAAAGGUUGGAGAUGUUCCUAAAGAAAUAUUUGUCAGAUCAAUGAGGGUAAAGGUUGGAGAUGUUCCUAAUGGAAUGUUUGUCAGAUCAGUGAGGGUAAAGGUUGGAGAUGUUCCUAA